CCGAGGCGCCGCCGCCGCCGCCGCCGCCCCCCGCCCCGGCGUCUAUGGAAGUGAUGGACGGGCCCCUCAACCUGGCUCAUCAGCAGAGCAGGAAAGCAGACCGAUCAUUAGCUGCAGGGAAAUACGAAGAGGCCAUUUUGUGUCACCAACAGGCGGCUGCAUAUCUUUCUGAAGCCAUGAAGCUAACACAGUCUGAGCAGGCUCAGUUAUCACUGGAAUUACAAAGGGAUAGCCAUAUGAAGCAACUCUUGCUCAUCCAGGAGAGGUGGAAGAGAGCAAAGCGGGAGGAAAGGUGGAAAGCUCAAAAGACUGCUGACGGAACCCCUCAUCUUCUGAUGUCGUGCAGGCCGCUGGCUGAGGAUGGGUCUGAGGGCCCCAGCGUGCCCCGCUCUCAGCAGUUGAGUCCUGCCGCAGUGCCAGGGGUCCUCGACAGGGACCCAGACACUCUUCUUUUUCUCCUCCAGAAGAGGAAAGACCCGACAGAAGCGUGUGCUGGCAGCAAAGUCCCCAAAGACGACAGAACGACGAUAGAAGAGCAAGCGACCAAGAUUGCCGAUCUGAAGCGGCACGUCGAGUUUCUUGUGGCCGACAACGAAAGGUUGAGGAGAGAAAACAAGCAGCUGCGAGCCGAAAAGGCCAGGCUCCAGAAGGCGCCGCUCGACAAGGAAUUGGAUGUAGAUGCUGACUUUGUAGAAAAAUCUGAACUAUGGAGCCUGCCUCCCCCUGCAGAGACUGCCUCAGCUUCUUCUCCCUGGCAGGAGUUUGCAGCCAACACGGGGAAGGCCAAGGACAUUCCCAUCCCCAACCUUCCUCCCUUGGACUUUCCGUCCCCAGAGCUCCAGCUUCUGGAGCUCCCUGAAGAUAUUCUGAAAGGACUUAUGAACAGUUAAAUGGACGCUCACAAGGGGCUAAAACGGUGGUGGUAAGGGAGAAGAAAUCAAACAGUGAAAACAGCAAAAAGGGAAAACCACGGAGCUAGGGAUGGUCCGGUCCAGGUGGAGGAGAAGAGGCCUGGCCACGCCGUAGACCACGGUCACCGUGAAGCACCCAGCACAGCCAAGGAAUUGACCGCGGCUGAGGAAGCGACAGGUGGCAGGCACUAACCUCUCGAGGGUCUCUCUCCCAAUUCAAACCAAAUGGCGACCCGGAAUCACUUUUUUCAAGCAGCAGUUAUUUUUCUUCUCUUAACUUCAGGGUUAUGCUAUAUGUAAUAAUUAAUCUAUAAUGCCAUAAAGGAUAAUGCAAAAUCGAAUUAAUACAGGAGCCCAAGGGUGGCCUUGUAUUGGAAAGAUGCUUUCUAUCAUGCAUUGACUGCAUGCGUUUUGUUCUGCACAAUUUAUUAAUUCUAAUGAGGCAUGUCAGUUCCAUGCCUUCCUAGAUGAUCCUCCAUGUGCCACACUUUGCACUACUUCUAACAUGAUGAUAACCUCAAGACUAUCAGGAGAAAUGUUGAAAUUUCCACUUUAUGAAGAAAGGAACCAAAUUAUUAGUUCUGCUUUUUUUUUUAAAUUAUCAGUUUACAUAAUUAAUCAGGGUGCAUCCUAAGUUUUAACUUUCUGUUUGCUGUAUUAAAAUGUUAUGCAUCAUUUUUAAAAUACCCACAGAAUUAUCCCUUUGUUUUGAAUGGUGCAUGAAUGGAAGUAAUGCUAGUUGGCAGUAUUUGCAAGAAAUCAAUAAAAUAAUUGUGUUUUAUUA